ACUACUAUAUAACAAAUAAUUUGAGGUGGGAAUGUCAUCUCUGAAAGACUUCCUGUUCAAGGAUUACCCUCCUGGAGUGACGGCCAUGUUUUGCACCACCGCAUUUGCUGUGUAUCUGCUCAUUAACGCUGUGUAUUACGAGUUCUCAUCCGCGCCUGAUCACAGCAUGCCAUCAGAUUAUAACAGGCUGCUACACAACCUGUCAGCUUACAGUCUGUGUGAAGAGAGAUUCGACAGCCCAGAUCUUACCAACUACAGUACAGUGUCCCUCCUGACUAAAAUUCACGGUUCCACUGCAUUAGUCUACGAACGCUCCGUACACAAUGUCCUUAUCGACAAUUCCGCUUCCGAGCGUUACUACAUUACCACUGACUUAACUUGGGAGAAUUUAUCCUGUGAGAAGGGGAACUGUAAGGUGGAGAAAUGUGUCACCAUCUCCGCUCCCCCCGGACUGUUCCCCACGUAUAAGCUGCCGAAAGAGAAGCAAUGUUUCCCUGUAGUAUCAGCUGAUAUUUAUGAUGUGUACACCUUAUCUCUAUGCAACAAAACUGAAGAAAGCGAGAUGAAGUUCGAGUUUAAAAGGCGGAACGAGUAUGCUAAAUCGCUAACUCCCCACAUGAAACGAGAGAUGCAGUCCAGAUUAGUUGAGAUUGCUUUGUCUCUGUUGGCGUUCAAUGUGGUUAUUAUUGGGUUCAGUCUGCUUUAUAGGUAUAGGAAGAUCCAAAGCGGUGAUGUGUAUUGAACUAUUGAACUAGGGGGGUUUUAUUGUAUUAUUUGAAAAUGUUACAAUUUGUGAAAAGGGUUUUGUUGCAGAGGCCAAAAACUAUAGUGGGGAAUGUGUACACUGUCUAUUUUCUUUUAUGCUUUUUAACUUUUAACUGUAGAAGUUCGGCAGAGCUGCAACUCUAUUUUCUGACAGCUUCUUUUCAGGAUAUAUAUUUGAUUUAUGAAAUUUUUCAACCUGCGUGGGCACCGACCGCACAUUUUUUUUCGCGACUGUUAUUGGGAAACAAUCCUACCAUAUUUUAAUUUUGUUGUUCAACAUUUAGGGUAUUUAUGAAUUGAUUUACCACUUCGAGUUAUUUUAAAAUAUUAUUUGGAAUUAUUUUAAAAUAGAUUCCAGACUAAUGUAAUAAUUUAAGUGUUUUAAGAUUCAACUUAUACAGUGU